GAAAAAAAUAUGCACCACAUGGAAAGUGACAAAAUGAGUGGAGGUCUAAGUAGUGCUACUGUAGUGGAGAAAAAGACGAAUAAAGGCAAAGAUGCAAUGAAUGGAAUUGAUCAGAAAAGUAAGGUGGCAGGCUCUAAUUCAAAGACGAAAAAAGUUGGAUCGCUAAGUGACUUACAUAUGUUGAAUGAAUUUCUUGCUGACGCUAGUUAUUUCGGUGGCUACGCCCCCAACAGUAGUGACAACGCAAUUUUCGAAGCUAUAAGCAAUCCCCCAUGGCCAGUAACAGUUCCACAUCUCGAGAGAUGGCAUCGACAUAUGAGAAGUUUUACAAACGAGGAGCGUCAAGAUUUUAAGAAAAAUACUAUUCCAGCGCAGUUCACAAAGUUGUUUCCUUCGAACAGCAAAUCUGCUUGCGAAUCUAAGGGAUCACUUGCAGUAAACAAAAUGCCAAAGGGAACUGCUCAGGGACCUGAGGAUGCACAUGCAAAUACUAAGUUCACAUUGAAGACGCCAAAAGGGACACGAGAUUAUGGACCCGAGCACAUGGCACUUCGCACAAGUGUUCUUGAGAAAAUCAUUGCUGUGUUCAAAAGACAUGGAGCAGAAACUAUUGAUACACCUGUUUUUGAACUCAAGGAAGUGCUUACUGGGAAAUACGGUGAAGAUUCAAAAUUGAUAUAUGAUUUAGCUGAUCAAGGAGGGGAAAUACUUUCUUUGAGAUAUGAUCUCACUGUCCCAUUUGCUCGUUAUUUGGCAAUGAACAAAAUAAGCAACAUAAAACGUUACCACAUUGCCAAAGUUUAUCGCAGAGAUAACCCAGCUAUGACAAGAGGUCGAUACAGGGAAUUCUAUCAGUGUGAUUUUGACAUCGCAGGCCAAUAUGACCAUAUGAUUCCUGAUGUUGAAUGUGUUCGUGUUGUAUAUGAGAUACUGAACAGUUUGAACAUUGGAGAUUUUAUUGUGAAAGUCAAUCACCGACAACUUCUUGAUGGUAUCUUUGAAGUUUGUGGGGUGCCUGCAGAUAAAUUUCGGUCCAUAUGUUCUGCUGUAGAUAAGCUUGACAAACUAUCCUGGGAAGAAGUGCAUCAUGAAAUGGUUUCAGAAAAAGGUCUUCCAGAGGAUGUGGCAGAUCGAAUUGGACAAUAUGUGCGGCUCAGUGGUGGACAGGAAUUGGCUGAGAAACUACUGUCAGAUAUAUCAUUAAAGAAAUCGAAAGAUGCCUGUGAAGGCCUUGAAGCUAUCAAGCUAUUUUUGCACUAUUCAAACUUGUAUGGGGUUUCUGAUAAAAUUAGGUUUGAUCUUAGCUUAGCUCGUGGGCUUGAUUACUACACUGGAAUUAUCUACGAGGCUAUCUUAUUAGGUGAAAACAAAGCCAACGCAAAUGAAAGUAGUGGAGUUGGCAGUAUUGCAGGUGGUGGUAGAUAUGACAACCUUGUGGCAAUGUUUGAUUCUAGGCACAAAAAUGUGCCAUGUGUUGGUGUCAGCAUAGGAGUAGAGCGGAUAUUUUCUGUCAUGGAAGCACAAUUGGCAGCAAAUAAUUCAAAGAUGCGUACAACUGAAGUGGAAGUUUAUGUGGCUUCUGCACAGAAGAACUUGCUGGAGGCACGGAUGAGUCUCUGUAGGGAGUUAUGGGAUGCAAACAUUAAGGCUGAGCAGUCCUACAAACGAAAUCCAAAGUUAUUACAACAGCUUCAAUACUGUGAAGACUCUGGGAUACCUUUAGCAGCAAUCCUUGGUGAAAGUGAACUUCAGCGAGGUGUUGUAAAACUGAGAGAUGUGAAGACUAGGCAAGAAUCAGAGAUACCAAGAGAUUUGAUUGCUAAAGAAAUUCGUAACAGGCUGAGCAAACCCACAUGAUAAUUUUGUGUUACUAUUCAGAAUUUCGUGAGGAACUAUCAUAACAGUAAGAAGACAAAAUGUAUGUUGGACAGUUUUGUACGCAAGUUGUAUGUUUUGUGAUAAAUACUCAAUCUUGUAUAACCUGAAACAAAACAUUGUUACCUCUGAGUGAAACAUUGUGAAUGAAAAGGGAUUUUUUUUAAUAGAUACUACAGCAUUAAGCUUAGACCAGUUUGUUGCAACUGUCUUAAGAUGUGUUUUGUUCCCUUUUUCAUGUUUGCUACCACCAGAACUUGCAAGGUUUUGUCAAAAAUUAAAAUUUUAUUGUAAACAUUGUCUAGCCAGUUUUUGCCUUGGAGCCCAUUGCGAAGUGAUACUCAGAAGCAGUCAAUUGUGGCUAUUGAAGGAAACAUUAGACAACAUAUGUGUCAUUUGUCACAUACCACAACUGUCAUUCUUGUGAAUCAGGGCACAGCAUCUCUUACCAACAUGUAUUAGUGUACAGUCAGUGUAUUUAGUCCCAGCAGAGCAAUAGUUUCAACUUUAAUAAGUUUGUUGCAUUUGGUCAAAAGUAAAGAAGUUGAUCUGUGUGAUAUUUUAUGCUGAACCACAAACAGACACAAUGAAAAGACUGCUAAAUGUUUAGUGUAUGGAUAAAAAAGUCCUUCAGAGGCAGAACACACAUGCACUGUGGUGGGUAUUGUCCAUGAGCACUCUGGGCCUGACUGCAGGCUGGCCCAAACGGCCAUAGACUGUGUGUGUGUGUGUGUGUGUGUGUGUGUUUCUGCUUUUGAAGGAGGACUUUUUUUUCUUUAAAAGCUAAAUUUUAGCAAUCUUUUCCUUGUAAGUUUCUGCAAUUCAGUGCCUCCUCUACAUGGUGAGUAGCAAUAUGUCCUUUUCAUAAUAUUGUUACUAUUCCUUUCUGGAUUUUCCAUUGUUUGAUAGUCCUAGUUAAUAUCCAAGAGAGUUCUACUUUACUCUUUCAUUUAAAGUAAAAGCUUAUGACAUAAGAUAGGUAAACACGCAUGGCAGUAUAUUUGCCUAGUAACUGAGAGUCAAGUUUGAACCUUGCUAUUGAAUUGCUUCUAAUUAGGUUUUGGUUGUUGUGCUUACUGAAAUACAAAUUCUGGGAAUGAGCUAUAGUUUUGUACUGGCAGCAUGUAUUCCAGUUAAGCACAAUGUUUCUGUUUAUUACAUGAUUGUGUAUGUAUAGGUGUUGUCAUCUAAAGUUACCAGUUUUUCUGUAUUCAGUUAAACUGUUAAUAUUUGUCUCCAUACAUCUUGGAGUGUUACAGUCUAAUAAAUUUAAUUCAGCUUAAUACAGACCAAUUAAUUCCACACUUUUUGUAGCACUAUAAGAAAACUGUAAAUUCAAAUAUAAUGUAGGUAUUGGCCAUUGAAGUAUUGGUAUAAAUCUCAGAAGCAGUGAUACAUCACCCAACCAUCAGUUAAUAGUUGUAUCUAUUGGACCAGAGAAAUGCUGUUUCCUGUUGUCAAGAAAUCCCUGUACAUUCCAAAGUUAAAUUGAAAUUUUUCUGACCAUGAGCCUGGGGAAGCUCUGUGUGUACUGUAUACUAUCCUUCAUUAUCCAGGUUCUUUGAAAUCACAAUUUCUCAGUAACAUUGAUUUAGUGUGGAAGCGUAAAUCUUGCUUGAUGUCUAUUAUAAAAAUACUGAAGUGUAUAAAGUUCUGCAAUGUAAUUAAAAAAAAUUUCUCUUAUUGAGAAUUUGUUGCCACUGUUUCACCACUGACUCGUACAUUAAUCUUGUUUCCUAUUGCAUUUUUUCAUUGCUUAUAAAUUUACAUUGCAUUGGUGCACUGCAUUAACAGGCAGACAAAUGGUGUGAUAUGCAGUACAAACUUGAAUGAACUGUUACAUUAGUCUUAUGAUAUAUAGGACAGGGAACAUUGUAAGGGUGUUGGUAAACUGUGGUAUAUAGAAUAGCAAAUUACAAAUGAAUUUAGUUGGCAUGGAAAUUUAAUUUAUUGAUUGCACCAAUAAGAAAUUGCUGUAUCAAUUGACAUGUGGGAAAUCAUCUUAAAUCAUAUUAAAUUCUACAAUGUUUUAAUUAAUAGCUGUCAGGCUUUCUUCAUUGAGAAAUAAGAAGAUUGCAUCAUUGGUGAGAUUCUGACAGCUAGUUCAUUAAUACACCUCCACAUUUUAACCUUGAAAUUAUUUUUUUUUUUUCUCUCGUAUUUAGCUUAGCUUGUGAUUACCACAAGGAAAAUUUUACACAUUUCAGUACCCAGCUGUCCAAUUCUAAAUUUUAUAAAUAACCAUCAUCACUUUUUUUCACCACGAGCAUAGUUUUCUUUGAACAUAAGCCUCUCCAUUUUCUCAAGCCUUUCCGUACUCCUGUCACUAGCCUGGCCAAGUCGUCUUCUCAGAAUACUUCCUUCCACUAAUUUUAGCCACUUACCCCUUGGCCUUUUACCUUCCAUUUUCAACUUGUUCAUGUUUGUAGAAACUCCUCUCAUCUACACUCUUCACGUGCCCAUAUCAUUUUGAUAUUUUUUCAUUUGUAUCUUGCAGAGGCUCCCCAGGUAUUAUAUUCCUUCAUUUAUCAUCUUUUGUAUUUUUAUUAAAGCUGUUACUUCUAAAAAAAGUUGUUUCACAUGUUUGCACCACAAUUUUUUUCCUUUACCUUCAUGGUCUAUUUCUGCAGCAUAAAAUGUAAUUGGUGUAUAAUUUAUGUGGUAUAUCACCUUCUUAGUUUCUGGAGAGGGGUCGGGGGACACUAGUUUGUUUCAUAUCAUUUUUGCCACAAUUCUCAUAAAAUUAUCAGCUUGCUUUGCAUGUUGACGAAUCUUGUUGUCAUUUAUUCCGUUUCCUCUCUUACAUUCCCUAGGUACUUGACAUGUCCCACCAUUUUCAACUGUUCCCAAACCCAGUGUCAUGUUAUGGGUCUAUCCUUUUUCCUUGUAGUGACCACCAUCUCGUGCUUCUUUGCAUUAAAUUUAGGCUGUACUAUUGUGUAACUUUUUUCAAACCUCUAAUUGCUUCUGUAUUUCUUCCCAAUUGUUUCCUCACAUCAUCAAACUGCCAACAAACCAUAUUAUUCUAAUUCUGAUUCCUAUGUCUUUUGCCACCCUUGUGAUUAUGUAAUCCAUCACAACUAUGAAAAGUAACACAGAUAAUGCAUUUCCUUGUUUGAAAUUAUUUCUUUACUUCUACUGCUCUGUUUUUUCCUCCUUCCACUCUUGCACAAGUUACACUUCCCAGGGUCAAUUUUUUUUACCCUCACUUCACUCUUCUUCUCUAUUCCUUUGCUCCCAAGUGCCUCCCAAAAUUUACUUCUGGAUACAUUGUUGUUUGUUUUCUCCAAAUUCAGUAAAGCUGUCAGGGGAUCUCUCCUGUAAGCAUAGUGGUGUUCCAGCAGUUGUCACACUUCAAAUAUGUGGACAUUUGUGGUCUGAAAUCAUGGCCUGGCCUCAAACCUUACUUUUCUUCCCUAUCCACUGUUUGCCGAUGUCUCUUCACAACCUUCUCAAAAAUUUUUAUACAACGGCACAUAAGAGUAAUUCUCCUAUAGUUUUUUAAUUCCUUUUAGCUUUCAUUCAUGAAGGCAGACAUAGUUAAUCCCUUCUUCCAGUCUUCAAAUGUUCUUGUAGCUGUAUACAGCCAGUUUGUCUCCACUUCUUCUGCUGCUCAAAUCAUUUCCACACUUAUUUCAUCUAAAGCCAAUGCCUUUCCACUUUUCAUGAUUAUCAGUGCCUUCUCAAUUUCUGUUCACAUUAGAGCUUUUUCUGGUUGAUCCUCUUAUCUCCUCUAGAACUUCCUCCAAUACUUCAUCUCGAUUCAGCAGUUUGUCAAAAUAUGUACCUCGUAUUUCUUUGUGGUCCUCUCAUUUUUCUACCUCAAGCAUUUCUUUAAGAGCCACUUUUUACAUUCUUCUAUUUCUGGUGAUUCCACACAGUUAUUUUAUUUUUUUCCCGUCGCUACCCUGUUCCGUUGUCAUGAUCCUUUUUUCCACCCACUUUCUCCUUUCCUUUGUGAUCACGUUUUGUGCCUCAAGUAUGGAACACAAAUCUUCACUGUUAAAUGCCACUAAUAUAUGCAUCUUACUUCUGUAUUGAGGAAUUCCUUUCCUAAUUGUUUUUUAUUUUUGAUCAUUAAUCUUCCAUAUCACAGGCUGUUGCUUUCACUUUUUUCUUCUUACUUUUGUUUUAGUCCAUAUUCCAAUGUGGAUACCAGUGUCAAUCGCAUUGUUGGAUGUAACUGAAUAAUUGUUGGAUAAAAUCUUCUUACAUGAGCAAAUCAGCCUCUCUUCACUUUAUAAAACCUGCUAUCCAAAGCCAGAAAAAAGAAUGAUACAACUUUAUUUCUGUGUUUGCAGUAAUAUGAUCUGAGAGUUUAAAAAAAUUUCAUUCUAACCUUUUAACAUUGUGUUCUGCAGGGAUAGAGGAAUAAUGAUUUAGUAUAUAGGAAAAUAGACAAGAAAAUGAAUAAAGCAUACACAUUUGUAUGAAUUUGAAAACUGUAGUUACAGUAUGGAUUUAAAAGUGACUGAAAAUCCAGUUUCUAAAGGAUUAAUUCUGUUAUGUAUGUUUUGUUCAGACCUACAUAAUCUUUGUUAAUUAAUGAAGUUGAGAUAAGAAUGGGAACACAGUAUUCAUAAGUAAAAUGAGGAUUAAUGCUCAAUGUAAAAUUGUAUAAAUACCCUUUGACAGAUGCUCCAUAUGUCUUUGUUUAUGAGUGUGCCUAUUGCUGGAGGUUUUCGUAGCACUUAUGGUUUAAUAUAUUUUGCACUCUUGUUUUUUUUUUGUACAAUACACUGUGGUAGAUAUGACAGUACCUUUACAUGUGUGUCAAUGCAUCAUACUGGAAAAUGUAACUACUUCCAUAUGAUUAGCUUACUCCAAUUUGACACAUGUGUAUGUAUCUGAUCAUCAGUAUUAAACAUGUUGUAUGAUGAUUCUUUUUAAGGUAAAAUGAUUUAAUUUUAUUUAUUUAUUUAUUUGUAUGCAGUUCUUAAAUGCUUGUCUGUAGAGAGCUUUGGUGUGUAUAAUCAUUUAUUUGGCAGAAAGUUUUUUCCUUUACAAAUAAAGGUUUUCUGAACAUC